GUGGGCCGUUGGAAUUCAAAAGUGGCAUGGGUGGCGCCGGGCUGGCAGCCGCCGGAGCCCGUAGCGCGCGUGCUCUGCGUCGCAAGCGGGCGAUAGAACGCGCGUCCUGGGAUCCCCAGCGGCCAUUCCUCUUUCAUUGCGCUCCCCCGACGCGUGUGGGACGCAGGUGGACAUGGAGCCGCAGCAGAGGUCCCCCCUGUUAGAAGUGAAGAGGAACGUAGAGCUGAAGAGACCCCUGGUUAAGGCCUCUUCCCGGCUUCCUCUCUCAGGAAGCAGACUCAAGAGGAGACCUGACCAGAUGGAGGAUGCUUUGGAGCCUGAGAAGAAGCGGACACGAGGCCUGGGUGCACCGACCAAAAUUGCCACAUCCUACCCCAGAGCACCACCCCUCACCACAGUGCCACAGACCACAGCUCAAAAAGUUUCCAAGAAGACAGGGCCUCGGUGUUCCACAGCUAUUGCCACAGUGGUGAAGAACCAGAAGCCAGUCCCUGCUGUUGCUGUCCAGAAGCCUAGCACAUCAGCUGUUCCUCCUGUAGUGGGAGGAAAGAAACCCAGUAAACGUCCGGCCUGGGACUUAAAGGGUCAGUUACAUGACCUAAAUGCAGAGCUGAAAUGCUGUCGUGAGAGGAUUCAAACACUGGACCAGGAGAACCAGCAGCUGCGGGACCAGCUCAGAGAUGCCCAACAAGAGGCCAAGACCCUAGGACUAGAGCGUGGGACACUGGAAGGGGAGUUGGCCAGGGUACAGGCCCAGGCUGAGCAGGGCCAGCAGGAGCUGAAGAACCUCAGGGCCUGUGUCCUGAAUCUGGAAGCACGACUGGGCACACAGGAGAGCUUGGUUCAGGAACUUCAGAACAAACAGUUGGAAUUGCAGGAGGAGCGGAGGCAACUGACCUCCCGACUAGAAGACCAAGAGGUCUCCAUCCUGAUCACAAAUCCCCAUGGUACUCUCUGUCUCUUCUCCCAUGGACACUCCUUCCUGAGGCGGCUGCAGGUAUCAGAAGCAGCUCUGUCAAACAGCCGAGCAGAGGUGGCAUCUCUGCAGCAGGAGGCUGCAACCCAGGCAGCCUUACUGGCCGAGCGAGGAGAACGUAUCUAUGCACUAGAAAUGGAGCGCCGGCGACUGCACAACCAGCUUCAGGAACUUAAGGGCAACAUCCGUGUAUUUUGCCGGGUCCGCCCUGUCCUUCCAGGGGAGCCUACUCCACCCUCUGGCUUCCUCCUGUUUCCCUCUGGCCCUGGUGGGCCCUCUGAUCCUCCAACCCGCCUUACCCUCUCCCAGACUGACCAACGGCGUGGGACCCUAAGUGGGGCACCAGCCCCCACCAACCGCCACGACUUCUCCUUUGACCGGGUAUUCCCACCAGGAAGUGGACAGGAUGAAGUGUUUGAGGAGAUUUCCAUGCUUGUCCAGUCAGCCCUGGAUGGCUACCCAGUCUGCAUUUUUGCCUAUGGCCAGACAGGCAGCGGCAAGACCUUUACAAUGGAGGGUGGGCCUGGGGGAGACCCCCAGUUGGAGGGGCUGAUCCCUCGAGCCCUGCGGCAUCUCUUCUCCGUGGCCCAGGAUUUAAGUGGCCAAGGUUGGACCUACAGCUUUGUGGCAAGCUACGUAGAGAUCUACAAUGAGACUGUCCGAGACCUGCUGGCCACUGGAACCCGGAAGGGCCAAGGGGGCGAGUGUGAGAUUCGCCGUGCAGGGCCAGGGAGUGAGGAGCUUACUGUCACCAAUGCUCGAUAUGUCCCUGUCUCCUGUGAGAAAGAAGUGGAGGCCCUGCUCCGGCUGGCCCAUCAGAACCGGGCCGUGGCCCGCACUGCCCAGAAUGAGCGGUCAUCACGUAGCCACAGUGUAUUCCAGCUACAGAUCUCUGGAGAACAUUCUAGCCGAGGCCUGCAGUGUGGGGCCCCUCUCAGCCUUGUGGACCUGGCUGGGAGUGAGCGGCUUGACCCUGGCUUAGUCCUCGGCCCUGGGGAGCGGGAACGACUUCGGGAAACACAGGCCAUUAACAGCAGCCUGUCUGCAUUGGGGCUGGUCAUCAUGGCCCUAAGCAACAAGGAGUCCCACGUGCCUUACCGGAACAGCAAGCUCACCUACCUACUGCAGAACUCUCUGGGCGGCAACGCUAAGAUGCUCAUGUUUGUGAACAUUUCGCCACUAAAAGAGAACGUCUCUGAGACCCUCAACUCUCUACGCUUUGCCUCCAAGGUGAACCAGUGUGUUAUUGGUACUGCUCAGGCCUGCAGGAAGUGAAGAACAGAUCCAGAUAUUGUGUGUGUGUACUUGGGGUGGGUGCUGAGGGAUGCUUAAUUGGGUGGAGGGCGGUGAGCUAGUGUGUUAUUGCUACUGCUCAGGCCUGCAGGAAGUGAAGACGUAUCCAGAUCCUGUGUGUACUGGGGGGCGUGGGUGCUGACGGAUGCUUAAUUGGGUGGAGGGCACUGUGUAUAAACAAUAAAGACCAACAACAAAAAAAGUUUUUCAAAUAAAGGUUUUAUUGCAUUUGCUAAGGA